GGCGGAACAAAGUUGCGUGAUACGCUGCUCAGUGGGAGGUGGUUUGUGUUCAAGAAGGUAUUAGCGUGAACCCUGUCAACAAACUCACAUAGAGCGUGAUUCAUCACGUCUAUUAAAUGGACAUUUCUUGACAGAAGCCUUUUAAGUUCAAGGAAAGCGCCUAUUCUCGAGAAAUACAGAGUAAAUGUCAUCUGAGCUCUGACCCCUGGAACCUCCAGCCCAGACCCUAAUUUAUGUUUUGUGGUGAGGCCAUGACUGCUGCCAACAUCACCAGAGAUAUCCUGCACAGGCAGAUCAGAGACAAGAGAGCAUCAGGCUUCCAAAGGUUCUAUCAUGUGACUGACCCCUUCAUCAAGAGACUUGGACUGGAGGCUGAGCUUCAGGGUCACACUGGCUGUGUGAACUGUCUGGAAUGGAAUGAACGAGGAGAUUUACUGGCCUCGGGCUCAGAUGAUCAACAUGCCGUCAUCUGGGAUCCAUUCAGACACAAGAAGCUUACAACUAUGCACACAGGUCAUGCAGCAAAUAUAUUCUCUGUAAAGUUCCUCCCUCACUCCGGGGACAGAAUUUUGGUAACAGGUGCAGCAGAUACAAAGGUCCAUGUGCAUGACCUGACAGUGAAGGAAACCAUCCAUAUGUUUUCUGAUCACACCAACAGAGUCAAACGCAUCGCCACAGCACCCAUGUGGCCCAACACCUUCUGGAGUGCUGCGGAGGAUGGCAUCAUCAGACAAUAUGACUUGAGGGAGAGCAGUAAACGCUCUGAGGUGCUGAUUGAUCUGACAGAGUUCUGUGGACAGCUGGUUGAGGCCAAGUGUCUAGCUGUCAACCCACGGGACAACAACUACCUGGCAGUAGGGGCCAACGGACCUUUUGUUCGCCUUUAUGACAUCAGGAUGAUUCACAACUACAGGAAAUCUAUGAGUCAGAGCACAUCAGCAGCUGUGCACACGUUCUGUGAAAGGCAGAAGCCCAUCCCAGAUGGAGCUGGGCAGUAUUAUGUUGCAGGGCACCUACCAGUGAAACUCCCAGACUACAAUAACCGCCUGAGGGUCCUGGUGGCCACCUAUGUCACCUUCAGUCCAGACGGCACUGAGCUACUUGUUAACAUGGGUGGGGAACAGGUGUAUCUGUUUGACUUGACAUUUAAACAGAGGCCGUACGCCUUCUUGAUUCCAAAAAAGUGCCAGUCAUCAACAGGAGAUGUACAGAACGGAAAGACAACCAAUGGCGUCUCUAAUGGACUUCACUUGCCAACCAGCCAUAUUCGAUUUGCCGAAAGCAAGAUGCGCUCUAGUUCUACUGAGCUCCCUCCUCACUUGGAGAAGAUAAAGCAACAAGCUAAUGAUGCAUUUGCACGGCAGCAGUGGACACAGGCCAUCCAGCUGUACAGUUUAGGCAUUCAUGAGGCCAGCUGCAAUGCCAUGCUGUAUGGGAACCGGGCUGCAGCCUACAUGAAACGCAAGUGGGAUGGAGACCAUUAUGAUGCCCUCAGGGACUGUCUGAAGGCUCUGACUCUAAAUCCUGGUCAUCUGAAGGCUCAUUUCAGGCUGGCACGGUGUCUAUUUGAGCUGAAGUAUGUGGCUGAAGCUCUGGAGUGUCUGGAUGAUUUCAAAGGAAAGUUUCCAGAGCAGGCGCACAGUAGUGCCUGUGAUGCUUUGGAUAAAGACAUCAAGGCUGCUCUCUUCUCCAAGACAGAAUCAGCUGAAGAUAAGAAGGCCAACAGCUCCAUUCGAUUCCACUCAUUCAGUCGGAAGGAGUCUAUCCCUGAAGAUGAGUUGGUGCUGAGAGAGCGCAGUUUUGACUACAAGCACAGAUACUGUGGUCACUGCAACACCACCACAGAUAUCAAAGAGGCUAACUUCUUUGGAAGCAAAGGCCAGUACAUUGUCAGCGGCUCAGAUGACGGCUCCUUCUUUAUCUGGGAAAAGGAGACAACUAAUCUGGUGAGGAUCCUGCAGGGGGAUGAGUCCAUAGUCAACUGCCUGCAGCCCCACCCCAGCUACUGCUUCCUGGCUACUAGUGGUAUUGACCCCGUGGUUCGAUUAUGGAACCCUAGACCAGAGACAGAGACUGAGAACGGGCGAGUCGUGGAGGACAUGGACGGUGCUGCUCAGGCGAACCAGCGGCGUAUGAACGCUGAUCCGCUGGAGGUAAUGCUGCUCAACAUGGGCUAUCGCAUCACAGGCCUGCGUGGCGUUGGUCCAGAUGGCUCAGAUGAUGAAGACAGCUCAGAGGGACAAGUGCAGUGUCGGCCAAGCUAAACAAACUGUCAGCCAUUCUAUAGAAUGGAUGUGGGACGCAAAGCCCAGCUCCUGUUUGAAUCUUAAUUUCCCCCCCUAUCUGACAGAAACAUUGAGUGAAUGUCAUGUCACAUCUCUGCACUAUGCAUCGCCCUCCCCUGUCCAAAGAGAGGACUGGUGGAGACCACUUUGGGGAGAGGAAUUCAUGGAGGGUGGAGAAGACACCCAUCUCGCCCCCUUCAAAGCACCGACAACACCUCAGCCUCUCCCUCCACUUUGUGGUGGCAGGGGGGCACCUUUUGAGGAGAGCACUUUCCACGUCACUCCCCAGUUUCUCACGAAGAAGGAGGAGUUCAGCACUUAUCCCUCCUCAGGUUUAUGUUGGAGAGACACACAACACGUAGAAGGAGAAGCCUGCCGUCGUACGACCUAUUUUCAGGUCGGUGUGGCCACGCAGUCGCAGUGUUCUCCAUGGAGGAUCGGAUCACAGACCAGAAGAUGGUGCUUUGUUGCAUCUCCUGUCUGCUCUGCAGUUGGAGCUAAGAGUCUUAGUGCCCGCUCAUCUCAGAAAGGCUGCACACCCAAGUCACUAAUUCUGAGUUAGACUUGAUCAUAUUUUUAGUUGGAGUUUUGGUCACAGGAAGCCUAGAUUAAUUGUCACUCACCAAGUUGUGAAAGUUGCAAGUGUUACUCCAAUGAAAUGUAUUUAUAAGCUUUGUUUAGUUUAUAACUGUCGGAAAAAACAAGUGGUUUCUUCUGCCAAAGGUUGCCAUCUAUAAUUUCAGUGGCCAAGGAUUAAUGUAUUUUUUUCUUUGUUUCAUUGAAACAUAAUUUUGGCAUACUGUGCUCCUUUUAGUUAAGAGGUUUUACUACAAUAGAUUGUUGAUAAUAUCAACAAGAUAUCGACAAAGAAACAUUUGUAAAAAAUAACUUUCUAAUGCAGUUUUUUUUUUAAUCAAGUCCCAUUGAUUUCAAAUGUUGUUUGGCAUGAAAUGUCAGUGUGAAACUUCUGUUGAGUGUAAGUGGGACGCAGAGGCUAAUUUGUGGUAUAUGGAAACUGAUGCGCUAAGUAUUUGGAGGCGAUAGGGUUCCUGCCUACUAGCUUGCGCGGCUCUAGCACCAAACCUCUGCUGCAGUCUGGUGUUCAGUCCUGCUUGCAUGAGGCUUCUCUGACUAUAGUUGUGGGCAAAAAAGGACAAAUCCUAUCUGUUGCUCAGAGAACAGCUCAUUGGGUCUUCUUUGCCCCCAAAUAGGGUAAAUGUUAAGGAGGGGGUCCUCAACACCAUGCAACACCAGGCUUCCAUGCGUUUUACUUUGUUCAUUAAUUUGAGAUACUCCGUUUUUCUUUGAGGAAUCCUAUAAUAACCUUUGUUUGCAAACAAAGUGAAGAAUAAAAUUAUUGAACACCA